AUGGCUCACGCCACCCACACGCGGUCAACCAUGCGUCGCUUCUCUCGUCGACUGCCCCAAGUUGUCGUCUUUUUCCUCAUAGUCUCGCCGGUCCCAACCACAGCGCCGUACGAAUCCAGCAUCACUCCAGGAGGCGAUGAUGUCCCCCCCGAUGCGAGCAACGUCCCUCCCGACGCCAGCGAUGUCCCCCCCGGCGCCAGUGACGUCCCCCCCGAUGCCAGCGACGUCCCCCCCGACGCCAGCGACGUCCCCCCCGAUGCCAGCGACGUCCCCCCCGAUGCGAGCGCGGGCGCCGCCGGCGACGAGGAGGGGUACAUGGAGGCGACACCGGCGGUGAAGCAGCUGGUGGCGCGGCUGGAGCGCGUGGCGGGGUCCAUGAAGAACCCCUGGGAGGUCCUCAUGCACCUCGACCAGCUCCUCGCCGCUGACGCCAGCGCAACCCUGAGCGCCGCCACUUCCUCUGGCGCCGUGGGAGCAGCGAGCUCUAAGGUGUCGCCCCUGGCCACUGGGUGCGCCGCGACCAAAGCGCAGAUGCUCAAGGAGGUGUCGCGGCUGGCGUGGAGGCUGCACUUCCGGCCCAUCAAGUACACCAUCAUGGGGCGCUUCUUUAGGAACAUCGCCACCACCGCCAAGAAGAACAACGGUGACCUGAGGUACCUGGGGUGCCGCACGUACCUGAUACCAUCCAACUUCGCAUUCAUGAACAUGAUCGCCAAGGGCAUGGGUGACGUCAGGUACCUGGUGCUGGCGCCGCUCUACAACACCAUCAACGCCACGUACCACUUCGACCGCCUGCGCCGCUUGCCGCACGGCACCACCAUGCCCACGCUCAUCCCCGGCUACCCCAUCGCCAAGUACUUCACGCCCGUCACUCCCCUUGCACUCAUCACCUUGGGCGGCUCCAUCGUCGCCGUCGGCACACCCGGCGCCAAGACGGUACUCGCACGACUUGGGUGGGCGCAGAUUAAGGACCGUGAUAUUCACUGUGGGAAGUACCUGGCGGCUCACGGUGUGAGCACCCUGGUCAUUCCACGCAUCAAGAUCCCCAAGUGA